UGUUUAUAACUUCAUGUUCUCCCGCUAUGCAUACAACAUCAAUCAGUCCGCUGACAAAAUGAAAAAAAGUGAAGUGGUGGGGGGAGUAUCGUUUCUAUUGUAUUCUAUGACAAAACUAUAUUGGUUCAAUAAAUAGUUAUUGGUCCAAUAAGUUGAGUUAUUGAAUCGAUAAAAAUUAAAAUACGUUGCACAAAGUUAUUGAACCAAUAAGUUAUCGACCAUUAGUCACUAUUGAGUAAGAUAGUAAUGACGUCAUGAUAAUAUAAUCAGUUGGUGAUAAGAGUGGCUGGUUCCAAACAAAGCGAUUUCUGUAUGAGAAUAUUAUGCAUAGUUUUAAAGUUUUCACAGAAAAAUAGCAUUAAUAAAGUUAAGUUACCUUAAACAAGUUACGGUGUACAGUAUUUGUGUUCUUAACUUUUUUUUUUUUAUAAAAAUCUUUAAUAUUGAUUUAUUUUGACCAUUGUUAAAUUACGUAACUACUUAACGUUUGACUGCAGGUAGUUCAUUAUGGUCAAUUGUUUUGUACCAAAUUGCAACCAUUACAGCGAAACAAAAGUAUGUAAAUUUUUUAGAUUUCCUGCGAAUAAAUUGUUGAAAUUAAAAUGGACACAAAAUAUAAGGUAGCUAUUAGUUAUAUUCAUUUAUUUUGAUUGUUAAAUAUACUAUAUCUGAAUUGUAUACCUAGGUUGUAUGUGUUACCUAUAUUUCAUAAUUAGAAUUUAAUUGAAUGUAUAUUAUGUUGAUAUUUUUAAGGUGUCCAAGUGUGAACUCCCGAGUAUGUAGCUGUCAUUUUAUUGAUGGAUUAAAAGGAAAUAAUCCAACAAUAUUCAGUUGGAAUAAAGAAAAAAAAUUUUUGUUUGUUUCCCCAGAGAAAAAAAAUAAAAGGAAACCAAAACCUACCUCAAAAACAGUAGUUGCCAAUGAAGAAGAAUUACCUGAUGAAAUUGAAGAAAAUUCUUCAGAAGUAGUAUCUCUAUCUCAAUCAGAUAUUGAUAUUGAAUCACAAAUAAACUUAUAUGAAUCUACCAAGCACAAUGAAGAGAAUUCAGUUUUAAAUUUAAAUGUUAAGUCGGUUGGAUCCAUUAUUGAAUCCAUUAGUGAAGCUAAACUUUUUAUUUCUUCUUCUGACAUCCUAACUUUACUUAGUAAAUACUGUUCUCUAUCUGUAGCAUUCUCAAAUUCUGAAGAUCUAAUAAUAUCUUCUAUUUCAAUAGAUGAUGUUAUUAAUGGUUCUAAGUUUUGAAAAUACAUCAGACUUUACAUUGCUAUCAAAAGUAGCUAUAGCACAGUAAUUUUUUUAUUUUCAGGAACAGGGUAAAGUGCAUCAAUUGGUUUUGUUGUCAUAAGAGGUGAAGGAACUUUUUUUGACCAACUACAACCUAUAUUUAAAAUGAAUUCAAUAUUACAUUCUUUCGUGUUGCUUAAUAAUAAAUUAUUUUAUAAUUAUUACUUGCACUAGUUACUGAAAUAUUUUUAAUUGCAAAAAUUAAUAAUGUUGCCAUAUGAUGGCAUCGCACAAGUCCCCUUGGGCAAUCACAUUCAACACGUGUAAUGUCACCAUUGUCAGAGAAAUAUAUCUAAGUAAAAUAAAAAGAAUUGUUAACA